GCCCUUUUUCCUUCAACAGUUCCACUGUAUAUAUAAUCAAAGGCCAAUUCAGACUCUAGAAAAAUGCAAAUUAAAUUUUAAACGUGAUGGCAAAAUGCACCCUCCUUUUAGGCCUCUUACUUGUUCUUGGUUGUGCAUUGAAAAGUAGUGGAAAAUCCGUCAAGGCAAAGAACAUUGAUGAAUCAUCUGCCUCGCUCAACCGGAGCAGUUUUCCCAAGGGUUUCGUGUUCGGGACAGCUUCAUCGGCUUACCAGUAUGAAGGUGCUGCAAAUGAAGGUGGUAGAGGACCAAGUAUAUGGGAUACAUACAUGCACAACCAUCCAGAACGGAUAACUGACCGUAGCACUGGAGAUGUGGCCGUUGAUGAAUAUCAUCGCUAUAAGGAAGAUGUUCAGAUUAUGAAAGACAUUGGCCUUGAUGCUUACAGAUUCUCGAUCUCAUGGUCUAGACUGUUGCCAGAGGGAAAGCUAAGUGGGGGUGUGAACUACGAAGGAAUCAAAUAUUACAAGAACCUUAUCAACGAGCUUUUAGCCAAUGGUCUAAAGCCCUUUGUCACAAUCUUUCAUUGGGAUUUUCCUCAAGGUUUGGAGGAUGACUACGGUGGUUUCUUAAGUCCUAAAGUUGUGGAUGAUUUUCAGGACUACGCUGAGCUUUGCUUCAGAGAAUUUGGUGACAAAGUUAAGCAUUGGAUCACGUUGAACGAACCAUUAAGCGUAAGCAAGAAUGGUUAUACAACCGGGAAGUAUGCACCAGGCCGAUGUUCUGACUGGUUAAAAUUAAAUUGCCUUGGUGGAGAUUCUGGGACUGAGCCAUAUUUGGUGACACACCACCAACUUCUAGCUCAUGCAGCAGCCGUAAAGUUAUAUAGAGAAAAAUAUCAGAAAUCACAAAAGGGAGUGAUAGGGAUAACGUUGAACUCAGAUUGGUAUGUUCCAGUGACUGAAGAAAGGAACGACAAAGAUGCAGCUAAAAGAGCUUUGGAUUUUUCAUAUGGAUGGUUUAUGGAUCCGUUGGUGAAGGGUCACUAUCCACACAGCAUGCAAGCUCUUGUUGGAAAUCGAUUGCCGAAGUUCACUAAAGAGCAAUCCGCGAUGCUAAAAGGUUCUUAUGAUUUUAUUGGACUAAAUUACUACUCAGGAACUUAUGCAGCUAAUGUUCCUCAUCAAAAUGAUGCAAAACCAAACUACAAGACAGACGCUCUCGUUAAUCAAUCAGUCGAGUAUAAUGGUGUUCCUAUCGGUCCACUGGGAGCUUCAGAUUGGCUCCAUGUUUACCCGAGAGGAAUUCGAGAUUUAUUGGUUUACACAAAGCGAAAGUAUCAGAAUCCACUUAUUUUCAUCACAGAAAAUGGAUAUGACGACCCCAAUGAUCCGAACAUACCUAUUGAGGAAUCCCUUGCUGAUAAGAAAAGAAUCAACUAUCUUGAUCGCCAUAUCUAUUAUAUUCAUAGAGCGAUCGAGGACGGUGUUAACGUGAUGGGAUACUUCAUAUGGUCAUUGUUCGACAACAUGGAAUGGAAUACCGGAUACACUGUUCGGUUUGGCAUCAACUAUAUCGACUUCAAAGACGAAUUGAAAAGACAUCCUAAAGACUCAGCAAAGUGGUUAAAGAAGUUUCUUAAAACAGAAAACCAUGAGGAUUUGUAAACGUAAUUGUAUUUGGUAUCCACCAUAUCCUGCGGCACUAGUACUAUAUAUUUAAUUUCAUCUGCAUCCUAUUCCUAUAUCUUCUGCAAUGAAAGUGAACGAAGGCUUGAAUUUUGCUAAUAAUAAAUGAUGGAGAUACCUAGCCUGCUACUA